GCCUUUGAUGAGCUGCUCUGCUGUAAACAUUAGCAGAAGAAGCUAGCUAGCUACUGUAAACAAAGCUGAGCGUCCAGUUCUGUUAAACUUCUCAAAAACUGCUUCAUGUGAGGAGGAAAUAUGAAUAUUAUUACUUCCGAAUAACACUGAAACUCUGCCGGUCCGACAGCAGCAGUUCAGUCCCGGCCCGGGAGCUGCCAUGAGCCGGCCUGCUGUGUGACUGGAAGAUAAUGGCUGCAGAGCUGUUUCCCACCAAGAAGCUGGUCCCCUCCGCCUCAGCGAGCAGCACCACCUCGUCCAUCCACCAGUACCAGCAGCAGAACCUGACCAACAACAACACCGCCACCGCCGCACAGGGCUGCUGCAACUGGCAGGGCCUGUACCCGACCAUCCGGGAGAGGAAUUCAGUCAUGUUCAACAAUGAGAUGAUGGCAGAUGUUCACUUUGUGGUCGGGCCGCCUGGCGGGACACAGCGAGUACCAGGACACAAGUACGUCCUGGCCGUCGGCAGCUCCGUGUUCCACGCCAUGUUUUAUGGAGAACUGGCGGAGGAUCAGGACGAGAUCCGGAUCCCUGACGUGGAACCUCCUUCGUUCCUGGCCAUGUUGAAGUAUAUCUAUUGUGAUGAGAUCGAUCUGUGUGCUGACACAGUGCUCGCCACCCUCUACGCCGCCAAAAAGUACAUCGUGCCUCACCUGGCCCGGGCCUGUGUCAACUUCCUGGAGACCAGCCUGAGCGCCAAGAACGCCUGCGUGCUGCUGUCCCAGAGCUGCCUGUUCGAGGAGCCGGACCUGACUCAGCGCUGCUGGGAGGUGAUUGACGCUCAGGCCGAGCUCGCGCUACGCUCCGAAGGCUUUUGUGACAUUGAUGCCCAGACACUGGAGAGCAUCCUGCGGCGGGAGACGCUCAACGCCAAAGAGAUGGUGGUGUUCGAGGCGGCGCUGAACUGGGCCGAGGCCGAGUGUCAACGACAAGACCUGACGCCGACUAUUGAGAACAAGCGUCUGGUGCUGGGGAAAGCCAUCUACCUGAUCCGCAUCCCCACCAUGAUGCUGGAGGACUUUGCCAACGGAGCAGCACAGUCCGGUGUUCUCACACUCAACGAGACCAAUGACAUCUUCCUGUGGUACACCGCCGCCAAGAAGCCUGAACUGUUGUUCUGCACCAAACCUCGUAAAGGCCUGGCGCCACAGCGCUGCCACCGCUUCCAGUCCUGUGCCUAUAGGAGCAACCAGUGGCGGUAUCGAGGCCGCUGUGACAGCAUCCAGUUCGCCGUGGACAAACGUGUCUUCAUCGCUGGCUUCGGCUUGUACGGCUCCAGCUGCGGUUCAGCUGAGUACAGCGCCAAGAUCGAGCUGAAACGCCAGGGUGUGCCGAUGGCUCAGAGGAUCAUCAAGUACUUCUCAGACGGCUCCAGCAGCACCUUCCCGGUGUCGUUUGACUACCCAGUGCAGAUCGAGCCUGACACCUUCUACACCGCCAGCGUGGUGCUGGACGGCAACGAGCUCAGCUACUUCGGCCAGGAGGGCAUGACAGAGGUGCAGUGUGGUAAAGUGACCUUCCAGUUCCAGUGCUCCUCGGACAGCACCAACGGCACCGGAGUGCAGGGAGGCCAGAUCCCGGAACUGAUCUUCUACGCCUGAGAAGGACGCCGCUGCGGAGAUUCCUGCUUCACUGCCAUUUAGACUUUAACUUUAAAAGUGUGGAGACGAGUUCUCAGGAAGCUGUUUGAGGAGGGACGGACUCCUGGAUUUACUGCUGAGCCUUUGAGACGCGACGAUUUGAAGUCUGAAUCCUCACAUUCCUUCACACCUACGCUAUUGUUGUGUUUGUUUCACAGUCAUUGAGUUGUGCUCAUCGCUGUCUCACUUUUUCUUCGUAAAACAGGAAUUAUGAACAAACCUGGGAGUCAUUGGUUACCAUUAGGGGUGAGAGAUAUAGGUGCAUAGUUUAUACUGUUUUAUAUUAUGAUAAAUAAUGAAACACUUCUUGUGGAAAAUACAUUGAAUGAAUGAAAUACCCACACAGGACUGUCCAAGAAUCAAAUACCUGAUAAAUCAAAGUACUUCAUCAAAUUGCUGCAGAUAUUAGAUAAAAAUCCAAUAUUGGCAUAAAGCAGUGCUGAUAUCAGUCAUUGUUAUACAGCUUGUCCAUAAUGUCCCAACACACCCAGAGAUGUAGAAGGAAAGUUUAGGGAUGCAGGAUAAUGUCAGCACGUCAUCGAUAUCGACUGAUAUUAGCUUUAAAAUGACCUCGUCAGAAUCAGGCAACAUGCUUUUUCUUAUUUUGCACAAUGAAUGAAUAUCACGUACAUAAAAAGGUUUCUAUUUCAUGUCUCCAUCUGCCGGUGGGCCGUCAUGAUAAGAGUAUACAUGUAUGAUGUUAAUUCCACUACACAAGAGACUUGAUCACUAAAAUCAGAUGGGGAAAAAAGUGGAUAUAUCGAUAUCGGUUAUCGGCUGAAUAAGUUGUUAAAUAUCGGAUAUUGGCAAAAAAUCCAGUAUCAUGCAGUGAAAUCUCAGGCGGUGUACGGAGAUAUACACUGAGAAUAUUUUGUUAUUUCCCCCACACGGACUUAUUGUAGGUCACAGAGGAACCGACACACACACCUCCCAAACCUCAGCUAGGUGUGGUGUAAUCUCUCAAGACAGAUUCUGCAAUUUACACUGUAGAAUCUGUCGGCAGCCCUGACUAGAGAGGGGGGGGGCGGGGCUUUGAGUUUGAACGAUGCUGUGCUUUAGCCAAUCACAAUGGAGGGGGCGUGACCGAGACGUGCCGGUGUCCCCAGGAAAUGUGUACCUACAGAAACAGCAAGCUCCGCGACCAUGGCAACCGCUCCACCCAAAACGCCGUCUCGUCAACGUGAAAAAAAUAUUUUUUCCAGCGGAUGUCUUAGUUACAACAUGAUUGAGCUAACUGGAGUAGUUUCAUGUUGUAUCCGACAACGGGAGGCUUUUAACAGAUGACGUCCUGAUGUUAGCUUUGCUAACUGUCCCUGUCAGCUGCAGCCACUGAUGCUUUCUAGACAUCGUGAUUUCCCAAAACUGAAUAAAUACCACACAUAGCAACACAAAACUGCUUUGCUAGCUCAAUCAUGUUGAAACUAAGAUAUCCGCUGGAAAAGAUAUUUUAUUCAUGGACCGUUUAUUGAGUUAUUACCUUAUUUUUAUACAGUCUAUGGUUAUUGCAGACACCGCUAACGGCUAACGUUAACAGCUAACAGUUAGCCCAGCUAAUCUACAAUAACCGUGUUAUUAAUUAUAAAAUGUGCACACAGAAAUAGUAACGUUUGUUCAGUCGUUGUGUUUAUAGACUUUACAAACAUCAGAUUAGUCUACACGGUGAUAUAGUGACGUGAAAAAUGUGAUAUAUAGCUAAACUCUGCUGGUUUUCUACCCGAAGUAUUUGUAAACAACACGGCGAUCCCCUGGGGGCACCGCCGGAAGUGAAGGGCGUGAGCAAUCGCCGAGGCCCCUGCACUUCCGUUAGUUGAAAACUCCGGGCUGUGCCUCCAGAGGUAAAGGAAGGAAAAAUUUAUUUAUUGUUUUUUACCGAUGGAUUUCCAGAUUGGGUGUGGUGCAGCUCUGUGUGUCAAGAGAGCUGAUUGGUUAUGGAGGCGGUUCUUAAACGGACACAUUAAAGGGUUAGUUUGUAUUUUUUAAGCAGGGCUGUGUGAGGUACUUCCCUAUAGUCAGGGUAUUACCUGCAGCAGAUGAUGGCCAACACUGUGCCUGUCAUGAUGAUAAUGUUACCGAUCUGUCAAGGUCAGAAAAAUGAUCAAGGUCCCGUCCAUAUAUCCUGUGAUGCUGCCCGUUGUGUUUUAUUCAGGAUAUCUUAAUUUCCUCUCCACAUUCCAGCAUCUGAAUAUAACCAAGAAUUCUUUGCUCUUUGAAAGAGUGACGUGUUGUUGUGCUGUUUUAUUGUCGUUACAUCAGCGGCAUAAAAUGCUCUUAAAAUGACAGUAAUGUAGUCUAUCACAGUUGUUUCUGGGACUAUAUGUCAUCCUCCAAACAUAGUUAUCAUGUAGGCCUAGUCAGUGCGCCCCCAGUUUGGAGAAGCAGGCGGGAAGUCACGUACAGCUGUGGAGGGGGGGGCAGCAGCGAAACAUAUCAUAGAUCAGUUUAAGUGUAUGCUGGAUUUAUUUUUAUUUAUUUAUUUAUUUCAGCACUUUAUGUUACUGUCAGAUGGCCCUUCUGAUGUGGAACUGAAGCUGUUAGCUACACUUCCUUCAAAUGCCUUCAUCAAAACAUUCAUUUUACCUCACUGAACACAGGAGCUGCUGGUCUCACGCUGCCUCGAGUGGUUACGUCAGUGCUUCCCAACCGGUCCAGAUUUCUCCUUCGUCAUUUGUUGUAGGUCCACACAGUUUAAUACAUUCAGUGUCGUACUUGCAUUUGGCCACGUCAUGGAGCCGGUGUGUGUCUCGUAGCUGUGCGUUAGUCACUCACUCUUUAAGAUAAAAGCUGUGUGUACUCACUGUACUGGACUUUGGUGUGUUUAAGAGUCAGUGUGGAUUCACCAAGUCACACAGUAACACAAACAAACUCACCAAGGCAGCGGUUGACCAGCAGCUCCUGCGUUCAGCGAGGUAAAAUGACUAUUUCUGACAGUAGUCUGGUGACUGAGCAGAACAUAGAUAACAGUUUCAGUUCAGCAUCUAAAGGACUGUCUGACGGUGAGGUAGAGAGAGGAAAAUAUUCCAAACAUAGCAUUUACUUAAACUGAUACUGAUAUUUUUAGGUGGCUAUAAUACAUUUUGCUGCCGACCACGCCCACAGCAGGAUAUUGAUUAACUUCCUGUGUGCUUCUCCAAACUGGAGGAGAGCUGACAGACAUGCACUGUGGAUCAGUACCUCACACAGCCCCACCAUGCCAAACUUACCCUUUAAAAGUAUUAAUCUGACAAAGACAGCCUGUUGCAGAGCACAUUUUAUAACAACUAAACUCAGUGACUCUUAAAUGUGUGUUAAAGCUCCAGUGUGUCACAUGUAGGUGGAUAUAUGGGCAGAAAUAUAAUAUAAGUGUGUUUUCCUUAGUGUAUACUCACCUGAAAAUGAGAAUCGUUGUUUUUGUCACCUUAGAAUGAGGCGUUUAUAUCUACACAGGGAGCAGGUCCUCGUCUACAGAGAUCACCAUGUUACUACAGUAGCCCAAAGCGGACAAACCAAACACUGGCUCUAGAUAGAGACAUUUGGGAUCUCUUGUCAGCCACCGUGCUUACCAGCCCCUCCAUGACGAGCAGCAUCGGAAAAAAAACAACAGUUUUUUUUUUUACAUGAAGCUUCUUUAUUCAGUGUCUAUAGCGGUUUAAAUCAGCUGGUCUGUUUUCUCGGAGAGGAAGAGACCUCUGUGGAUAAUUCAGCUCCUGGUAAAAACCUUCUCAACAAUAAACACAAAUGGAAUUCUAACCAGGAGAAGUUUCAGCUGGUUGCAAUCUGCAAUCCUCACCGCUAGACGCCACUAAAUCCCCGUAAAUCGUACACACUGUUCCUUUAAUGUGCAAUGUGUACAAACAGAUGUAUAAUAAGUAAAAUUCGAAACACGCUGUUUCACGGUUCAUUCACGAGCUGCCGUCACGUCCUCAGUAAAAACAAGUUUUCAGUUUCUCGCCUUAAAGAGUUCAGUUUUCAGAUGAAAGAACCACAGAGACAGUAAAAUGUUCAAAUGUUGCUUGGUCAGCUGAUAAUUUCCUCCCGUGAUGUUCAAACUUUGGUUUCAUUUUAAGGAACGUUCCUGCUGUUACUGAAGAACUGAAGAACUUACAAACGCAUGUGUGUUCUGACCUGUGUUGUUUUGGUAUUUAAAGCUGAAUAAUACAUUUUUAUAUUUGUUAUCUGACAGCUGAUCACACUCCUGUCUGUUUUUAUACACUACUUUAGACAAACCGUAACCUUCCUCUGGUGCUCUGUGCUGUCGUCUUCCUCUCUGGUGACAUGUGGUGACUUAAAGGGGCAUUUCAUCCACAAUCCUCCUGAAACUCUACCUGCCCACCCCGCAGUCUGCCAGGCUGUCUGGAAGGAUUUUAACAGUAACUGUAACUUUUCUUGUGUUGCAUUUUAGCAUUUAUCAGACAUCACUGCGACAGAUAGUCAGCAACUCCUGUGCUUUUAUUUUGAAAAACCUGACAUCAUGUUCGUGCUACAUCCUGAUUUAAUGUUGCUUUAAUGUUGCAGUCGUGUGUAAAUACUCCCAUGGUCGUGUCCUGACGCACUUCUUCUUCUCCUCCUCCUCCGUCUGCUCUCUUUGAAAAUGGAGGAGAACAAAAAACUGUUUUAUAUGAUUCUAUAUUGAAGAAACAUAUUUUUGGAUGUCCUUGUUUCCUGUUAUCUGAUUCCAACCAGAAUGUGCAGUGAGUCGGUGGCCUUAUGAAUGUGUUGUGACUAAUUUGGAAAUAAAAGGUUCAGUCGA